CUGGCGCGUCUCCGUUGGCGUUGAGCUGCGCCGGAAGUGACCGGCGGCGUUGCGUUAGCAGCUCGUGCUAACCGGACCGGGACCCGGCGGAACCGAAACAUCAGGAUUGCAGUGGACUGAGCGGACAGCUCGUGUUCUGUCUGAGGAUUUGGGAGUUGAGCUGCAGUUAUUGGCAGUGAGAAUCCAGUAAGCGCAGCGGCUUGUGGGCGUGGCUUGUGGAUGAGGGGCGUGGCCUGGUGCUUCCUCUCAACUAACAACCGGUGGAACAGUCUGUCUUGUCAUCCUGCUGUGGCUCUGUGGGAGGACAGUGGGCGGAGUCAGGCUCAGACUCAGGCUGCUAUUGGCUGUGAGCGAUGAGUGGGCUGACAAGGCCGCAUGGCCGGCGGGGCGGGGGUCGUGAACGGGGCGGGGGUCUUGAACGGGGCCGGGGCGUGGAUUCGUCGUGCUGGUUCGCCCCGGGCGUCCUGCGGCGUCUGUUCGAGCUGCCGGAGCCGGUUCUGUCCCGUCACCAGCUGAAGCGUCUGGAGGAGCAUCGAUACAGCAGCUCGGGACGCUCCCUGCUCGAACCCACCAUGCAGCGUUACUGGGAGUGGCUCGUCCGCAGAAUGCCGCCCUGGAUCGCGCCCAACCUCAUCACCAUCGUGGGUCUGGCCACCAACAUCUUCACCACGCUGGUGCUGGUGUAUUACUGUCCCACUGCCACUGAGCAGGCUCCUCUCUGGGCGUAUCUGCUGUGUGCGGUGGGGUUGUUUGUCUAUCAGUCAUUGGACGCUAUCGAUGGAAAACAGGCCAGACGCACUAACAGCAGUUCUCCACUGGGGGAGCUGUUCGACCACGGCUGUGAUUCCCUCUCCACAGUGUUUGUGGUACUGGGCACCAGUAUAGCCGUGCAGUUGGGAACUCACCCUGACUGGAUGUUUUUCUGCUGUUUCUCGGGCAUGUUCAUGUUUUAUUGCGCUCACUGGCAGACGUACGUCUCUGGUACUCUGCGCUUCGGCAUUAUUGAUGUGACAGAAGUUCAGAUCUUCAUAAUUCUCAUGUAUUUACUGGCUGCUGUGGGCGGAUCGGCUUUCUGGCAGUCACCGGUUCCCAUAAUAAGCAUCCAAAUGAAAAUAAUUCCAGCGCUUUGUACAUUUUUGGGAGUUGUUUUCUCAUGUACCAAUUACUUCAGAGUCAUAUUCACAGGCGGCGUUGGGAAAAACGGAUCCACCAUAGCGGGUACGAGUGUGUUAUCUCCCGUCCUGCACAUCGGCUCCGUCAUCGUCCUGGCCAUGAUGAUUCAUAAGAAAUCUGCCGUGCAGCUCUUUGAGAAACACCCGUGUCUUUAUAUUCUGGCCUUUGGUUUCGUCUCUGCUAAAAUCACAAAUAAACUGGUGGUGGCUCAUAUGACCAAGAGUGAGAUGCACCUUUAUGACGUGGCGUUUCUGGGUCCCGGCCUGUUGUUUCUGGAUCAAUACUUCAACAGCUUCGUCGAUGAAUAUCUGGUGUUGUGGAUUUCUCUGAUUCUGUCUCUCUUGGAUCUGGUGCGUUACUGCAUCAGCGUCUGUAAUGAGAUCGCCUCUCACCUGCACAUCUGCGUCUUUAAGAUCAAACUCCAGAGCUCGGCGUCCGUGGAGUGACCUCUGACCCCUCGCAGGAAACAGCGGUUUGCUUCACUCAUGACAUCAUCCUUCUGCACUUUCAUCCCGUCACUGUACCGUCCGCUUACAGGGUUCACCCAAAGAUGAAAAUUCUGUCAUCGUUUUCUCACCUUCGACUUGUUCCAAAACUGUAUAAAUCUCUUUGUUCUGUUGAACACAAAGGAAGAUAUUUGGAAGAAUGCUUAUGACCAGACAUGGCCGCCAUUGACUCCCAUAGUAGAAAAAACAUCUUUAUAAAUAUCUUUGUUUGAGAAGAGUACUUCGAAGAACGUAGGAAACACUUAUAACCACCACUGUACUUUUUCCUACUAUGGUAGUCAAUGGUGACCAAGAACAUUCUUCCAAAUAUCUUUCUCUGUGUUCAUCGAAACAACAAAAUUUGUACAGAUUUGGAGCCACUCGAGAGCGAGUAAACGAUGACAGAAUUUUCAUAUGUGGGUGAACUGUCCCUUUAAGACUAAACCAGAAUGAGAUUAUUGACGCGAUUCUGAACGAAAAAUGAACUCGAACGAACGAACGUUUGAACAAAUGGAUUUUCACCACGGCUCACUUUUCUUUGGAUGAUUAUUUUAAGUUUGUUAACAGAGAUUCAAGUGUUAGCUCUGAAUUACCCACGAUGCAUUGCAGUGGUGGGGUGUGUGCUCUGGUUUUAACGCUGCAUGUGAGUCUAGACGAAUAAUUAUUUCUCACUUUCAUAAACUGCAGCUAAUAAGGCGUGAGAUGUUUUCUCUCUCUGUUGUUGUUUUAUGCACUUGUGUGUUUGAGCAGCUCUAAAGUUCAUGUGUCAUGAAUCAGGUCAGACAGAUGUGUUACUGUUAUCUGAAGAACAUGUCUGUUGUUUUAUAUAUAAAGCACUUAACUUAUUUCUUUGUUUAUAAAUGAAAUCACAGGAGAUGUUUACGGUGAAUCUUUAUUUGAACAUCGAUCAUUGUCGGCCGCAUAUUUAUCCCCAAAAAGGUUGUAUUUUGCCCCCAGAUUUUUUUGCUUUGUGACCAUUUACAUGGUAGGAAAAAUACAUUUAGUUCCCAAACUCAUUACUGUCAUGCAAAAUAAAAAAAGACUGUAAGAAGUUAAAAAGUCCAUUAUAAUAGUCACAAACUAUCUUUAUCACAUUUAUGCUGACAAUAGAGUUUGGGGCGAUGUGACAUCACACAUUCACCCAAUCCUGCUUCACUUUAUUCUCUCUCAAAUGUUAACGUUCCAAAUGCCAAUAAUGAACUUGUUACAAACACAUGCGACAUCGUGAAGUAUUUCGACGUUUGAUUUCUACAUCAUGAGUUUGUAGAAAUAACUCCUUCAAGUUACGCAACAGGAGUUGAUGAUUUGUUUUCUAGAAAAUGCCGAAAGGAUCUUAGCUGACGUUGUGUGGUGCAUUUCUUCAUAUGCUCACAAUACGUCUAUAUUCAGAGUAGGGCUGUCAAACGAUUAAUCGUGAUUAAUCGCAUCCCGAAUAAAAGUUUGUGUUUACAUAAAAUAUGUCGGUGUACUGUGCAUAUUAAUUUUGUAUUUAUGAACACAUACACAUAAAUCCAUUUAUUUAAGAAAAAUAUAAAGUAUAACAACUAAUAAACUUUUAUUUAGAAUUUCAUUUAUUGGUAAAUAUAAAUUAAUACAUUUAAAUAUUUCCUAAACAUAUAGACAAGUAUGUGUAUGUUUUGUGUUUUUAAAUACAAAAUUAAUCUGCAUAGUACACAGAUAUAUAUUAUGUAAACAAAAACCUUUAUUCUGGAUGCGAUUAAUCGUUUGACAGCCCUAAUCCAGAGUAAUAAUCGCGUGAAUUCUGCAGUUCACGCAUCUGAAACCAUUGAUUUAUUCGUCGAAUAUUUGCCUUAGACUCUGAGAUCUGGUCGUCCUUUCUCAGGCUAUUCAAGUCAUGAACAACUGAUGUGAAUGUCAGUUUGUUCGCUGCCACACAGAAAACACGUGUUUUGUGUGUGUCCUGUGAAGAACGAAUGCUUUUUUGUUUACGCAUAAAUCAAACGACAGAUACAGAAGCUCUUCAUGUCGUCCAAUGCAACUUUUCUCUAUUAGUGAUGUUGACGAUUAUUGUCAAAUCCAGUACGAGAGCAUCAGUAUGUGUGUGCUGUUGUGUUCAUCUCUUACAGUAUGAAAUCCGCCCUCAAUGUUAAGCUUUGAUUCUUUUGACUUUGCUUGUUGCCAAAUCCUUGAAGUUAUUUUUUUUUCCUUUUAAAGAGAGACGGCAGAUUUGAGAACUCGGUGAAUCUUUCUUUUCUGUGCUCGGGUUGUUGGUCACUUCAUGUUUAGUCUCAUAAGACUAAUAAGACUUUUUACUGUAGUCAGUGAUGUUAAACCGCCUGUUUCUGACUCACAACAAACUGUUGGUUUGAUUGUAACAUUGCUCUGAUUUUUUGAAUAAAAGCACCUGUAAAAUAAAGAUUGCUAUAUUUAUGAUAA